AUGGCAAGUCGCACUGCUUCCUACCUGUCGUCUGACAAUUGCUACGACUUUGUCGUUGCCACCACCCAGGAAAGCAUCAAUACAACAAUGAAGCAAUAUCUAUUCGGGCUUAAGCAACCUGAGGUCAUCGACUGCUACGUGGAUCAGCACGGCAAUGAUGUUUCAAUAAAGCUCGGGGAUCUCCUGCAGAAAAGCGAAAAUGUGAAUCCUUUCGACAUCCCUCAUGAUGUUGACGAGGAACAUGAUCCUAGAGUCAAGAAGAUCAAAGAGGCUCGGUUUACAAGAGCCUGGCGGGCUCGCCUCGGCUUUCCCAUGAACGACCCAAGUAAAGUGCCAGAUGUGGUCAAACUAGGUUCUGAUGCAAGCCGUGUUAAUUUCAAAAUGUUCUGUGCCGAAUUUCAGGUCGUGGCACUCAUUCCCAGUACAUAUGACAAGCCUCGGUGGAUUAAUGUCUCCCAGAAGAAGGACCAGCCGUGGAUUUUCACUAGCGAGGUAAAACUAGGUAUCCGUCAUCUUGAUUUCAAAUCCGGAUAUGGAAUGCUUCCAGCGGAGGUUCAGAAAAGGACAGAACCGCUCAAGCGGCGACAAGAUGAAGCCAGUGCUACGAUCUUUUCCAUCCAGCAACUACUGCUUGAUCUUGAAAAUGCGAAUCUGACAAACACUCUGCCUAUAAUCGAUGGCCUUUCAAAGAACGAUGACGCCUAUAAAAUGCUUCAGAAGAGCUUCCUCGGUCCGUAUUUUCAAAAGAUGAAAUCAAAAGGGGAACCGCUAUUGGGCAUUGUGAUCAGGGAACGGCCUCAGACAACAAAUCCGACCUUGAAAGUGACGGAUUUCGAAUAUAAUGUCAAUCCCUAUGUUGACUCACAGGGCUAUCAAAUAAUGAAGCCUGAUGAUCUGGAGCAGAGGGCCACUACUCUCAACUACUUGUGUGUGGCGGAUGGUCGUAAGCUGCGGAAUGCCACCCAAUUUCCCUGGAAUUGGGUCGACAAGGGCGAGCUUGUAAGUCGCGAUGGGGCGCUCGCGGUUAACCGGAACAGCUUGGCUCGUUUUCUUAUUUCAAAGCUUCAUCCUUAUGUGCGGAAAGCCUGCGUCCAGAUCAAACCCAUUCUCAAAGUUCAUCCGAAAACAGUGGAAGUUGAGUGGAAGGCAACUGAUCCACCACCUGAUGUGACAAUUGACCUCUGCCCUAAGGGUACAAAGGUCAUUACUUUCAAAUGGAUAUCUGAGGAGGCAGAAGAUAGCUCUGGUAUAAUAUAUAAGUCUACUUCAAAGACUCAGUACUACCUCGAUGUCGAAUUUAUUAAUGAUACAAUUAUCCUCACCCAGCGACAAGUGAUACACCUUAAAGUCCGACUGAAUGUCUGGAAUGGUGAAGCAGACAUUAUCGACAAAUCGAUUACAGAGACCUACUCCCUCGGUGUCAAUAGCUAUGGUGAACUGGAGGCCAAAUUAAAUGUGGCCCCCGUGAACGACAAAUCUAAAAAAAUUAGUAUUCCAGAAUGGAAAGACAUACUUUUUGCCAACGGCUUCAACGAAGCCAUGGAGAAGUCCGCCGAAAAUGCACGCAUAGCGGCCUAUCAACUCAAGGUCAUACCGACCUCCAUCAUCCAAGAUUAUGUAUUUCCUGGAGGGAAAGUCUUUAUCUUUAAGGAUCCUUGCUUCUCCGAGCACCAGGACUUGCUUGCAUCUAUCUCCUACUCCGAUCCUCGGUAA